AUUUUAGGUCUACGGUUAAUGAGCAGAACAUGAGUACGUACGGAUCGAUCCCAGCUGAUACCAAGACAACCUCACGGAAGUCUUUCUUCAUCGCUGACAAAAAUUCAGAGGAAGAUUACUCUGGAGAUUCGUCUACUAAUAAUGCAAUAAUUCGUUCUGAACCGAAAAAAGAAGGCGUCUUACCGCCAUUUAUCAGUGCUGAAGUCUGUAUCAUACUUUACUCGUUUAUUUACUCCGUAAUAUCUACAGUUAAAGUACAAUACGUCAAUUAUAUUGAAAGACUUGAUUCCGAUACCUUGGAGCCUGAAACCUGUGCCAACGAAUCUUCAUCCGAGGAAUAUGAGAUCCAGAUGCGUGUCAACUUUAUCGUCCUUGGAUUUGUGGUCUCUAGUAGUCUGACAAGUUUCUUUACAGUUCCAAUAAUAACUCAAUUCUCACUACACAUAGGAUAUAAAUGGGGAUUGGUAAUAAACCUUAUCUUCUUGCUUGUUUCAUGCUGUAUCUGGUUGAUCUCGGUAAGCCUUCAAACCUCGUAUUGGUGGAUGGUUGUUGCGCAGUUUGUCCAAGGGCUUGGAGGAGGGGUUGCAGGUGCACAAGCUAUAGCCACGGCCUACUUAUCACUUAUAUUUGAUGCGUAUCAUCUAACUAAACGCCUAGUCGUCAUUGGUGCACUUUCUCAGCUUUCAAAGGGAGCUGCACAGUUAAUCACCGGUUACGCGAUCAGUGAUUAUAAUUUUAACACAUCAUUUAUUAUAGCCGCAUCGGUUUGUACUGCAGUGAUUGUAUAUACCGCAACAUACAUCAAGGAUAUACCACCUAAUGCCAGUGAUACGACCGGUCGUGACAUUUUCCGAAAAAUAAAGUUACUUAUUAAAGAAAAUUCAGAAAAAGAAAAUCGCGAACUUGCCUUAAUAUGUCUGGUUUUGUGUUGUGACUUGAGCAUAACGGGAUCUUCUAAUGCACUUGCUCUUUUAUACGUUGUUUCGUAUCCACUUUGUUGGAAUAGUGAAAUAAUUGGAUAUUUCCUGGCAUUGCUUUGUGGAUUGGGAAGCAUAGGACCACUUAUCGUGUUUUUUGGCACUAUUCCUGACCUGUACUUAUCGUUGCUGGGGAUGGCAUCAUCUGGGCUUUUUGUACUGUUCUGUGCAUUUGGUUAUUCAACUAAAAUCAUGUUCAUAGGUUGCCAUCGACUUCAGUCUCUCCGCUUAACCAGCAACGGCAUCAGUUCUAUUGAAACUGGAGCGUUCAGUGACCUUGGAAAUCUGCAGGAACUAUAUCUGGGAGAUAACUACCUUGCUAUCAUUGGUGCCAAUAUAUUUACUGGACUCGCAUCACUCAAAGAUUUUACAUAUGCAGGUUUGAUACCAACAUCAUGCCCUACUUACAGUACAGAUCAAGAUGAAUUAGCAAAAGAAGAAACAGAAAAAGAAGCUCCACUUUUAACUCAGUAG